AUGGAUCUGACCGAGCCUAUUGAGUUGCAACUCCUUCGCAGUUGCUGCGUCGAAGCGGAGCGAUCCGACCUGGUCUGGUUUCAACUCGAAGGAUUGCACAUAGCAUUGAGCGACAUUAGCAGUCCCUAUCUGACUGCCUUGAUUGAGGAAAUUCGAGUGAGCAGCCGAGCCCUCCGUGAGCUCGCCGACCUGUCCCAAGUCCACCACGAUCGCGUUCCCUUGAUCCUGAACCCCCUGAACAGCAUCCUUCCAUGUCUCUCGCGCUCAUUGAAAGACAUCACUGCUCACUAUGAGAACCGCACAAUGUCAAAGUCCAACCGCUGGCGGACCAUGUAUCAUGCCAUGACGAGCGAGGCGGGAGGUCUCUCCUUACCCGGGCGGUUCAUGGCUUAUAAUCGUUACCUCAACUGUUUGCGAGAAUUACUGGUGAGGUCACCAAACUUUGACCUAAACAUGAUGGAGAAACUUCACCGUCAGAUCAUGCAGCUACGGGAGGCCAGAGGCAUACCCCCAUCACCCGUUCAAGUCGGGCCCAUUGUUCGCCGUGACACCAUUCGCAGUGCCGAUACGGAUCCGUCAAUUCACUGGGCGGAGCAUAUAUUCUCUCAUCCCCUGCCUUCCCGAACAGCCCUUGGGCGUCAGCACAUGUACCAUCGCCCUGAUCCCCGUGUGAGUGAAGCGGCAUUCCCUUAUUUAAGUUCAGGUCGAAAUCUCUCGGACCGCACCAUCCCUGGGGGCAUCUCAACAUUCCCAUAA